AUGUCGGAAAAUCCGAAAAACAACUCUCUCGAGAAAUUCGUCACCAGCUGCCAACAUCUGGCAUUUUCGUACAAGGGUUCAAAAACCUUGUCCAUACCUGGGGAGAAAAUCGCGCCAAAACAGAAGGAUGCCAAGGCAAUGUUCUUGAAGAACAUUGCAGCCCAGAGCUCACCCGGAAAAGGCUUGCAAAAUUCUCAAGAAACAUUUGAAGCACUAUCCAAGGCAGAGAAAGCGUCUCUCGCGAAAAGCCUCGAAGAAGAAGAAGAAACCUUUGCCGUCAAAUUCAAGGAAUUCGCAGCGACUGCAACCCCUAAAACCUUGGUGAAUUAUCUUCGGGGCAUGUGUCAAACAUCGUCCAUGCCCGAAUCGGACGCCAAUUAUGACAUGCAGAACGGUGCAGCUAAUGAUGAAAAUUACCUUGAUGAGGAUAUGGAGUCUGAAUGUGACAAUUAUUUUUGGGAGGGAGACGAGGAUUUUGAGGCUGACUAUGAAGAGGAUUUCAGGACGAAACCCGAGGAGGAUUUUGACAAUGGAUACGACGGGGGUUUGAAUGAUACCCAGCUCACGGAUGAUUUUCAAGCUGAUGUUUUUGAUGCGUGGCAACUGGAAUCCAGAGUUGCCAAGCAUUUUGUUAUCGACACCCGGGAUGAACCUACCGGAAAUGUUUUCUCCACUUUCUCCCGCUCACCGAAAGAUCAGAAAUGCCCGGAAGCUGGCUUUUUGGCAACAGCAUCUUUCGCGGGUUUCGCUCCUCCUCGCUCUGCUGCGAGUCGACUCUUGCUUUCCCGCAGAAAAUCCGAUCCGAAUAUCAUCGCGACGAUGACGACUGCUGGGUUCGGGUUCGGGGAGCAUCGAUCGGUCGGGCAAUCACGGAACAAAACAAAAAAAGAAGACGAAAAUCGGGUCCGAAAGCAGCAACCCCCGAGACAAAAUCGAUUUUCCCUCAGGUCCGACGAUGCCACGCAAUAA